GAUAGCCCCACUGUCUUUUUAUUUUCAGAUUAGCUUCUGACCAGACAGGAUGAGGGCUCCUCAUGUUCUCCUGUUUCUUUUGUGCAUCUGGCUUAAAGAAACUAAAACCUCUUCCUGGACAGCUGAGGUACCAUCCCAAGUUAAAGGUCUCCUGGGCUCGUGUGUGGUGAUCCCAUGCUCCUAUGAUUACCCAGAUCCAGAUACGCAAAUCACUGUUUUCAAAGGGUUUUGGAAGAACACCGACAAUCAAUUUAUCGUUCACCCACAAGAGUCGGAAAUGCUGGAGAAAUAUCGGAGCCGGACUCAGCUGGUGGGAGAUGUUAGGCAGAAGAAUUGUUCCCUGAAGAUCGAUCCUCUCAAUCAAGAGGACGUAGGACCUUUCUUUUUCAGGAUUGAAAUCGAAGGCCAUGACAAAUAUUCUUACUCGAAAAACUCAACCUUAAUUUCAGUGGCAAGUGAACCAGACCCUGUUUCUAUCUUUGUGAAAGAGGAGCUGAAGGAGGGUCAGACUGUCUCUGCUUCCUGCUCUGUUUCUCACUCCUGCCCCAGCAAUCCUCCAGUCUUCAACUGGAGUCACCAUGGAAAGCAGAGUUUUCAGUCGCAACGGCUCGAUCAUGGUCAAUGGAAUGCAACGUCUAUUCUGGCUCUACAUUUGAGCCGCGCAGACCACAACAAGAAUUUAGAGUGUACUGUCAGAUUCCAGGGAGGCAUGCAGCGUAAUGCAUCCAAGCUCCUGAAAGUAAGAUAUGCUCCCACAAAGGCCUUGGUCGAGUAUAAGCCGGACAUAAAAGAGGGAGACACUGCCAAACUCAGCUGCUCCAGUGAUGCUCAGCCCCCCAUCAGUAGAUAUGAAUGGCUUGAGGAAACUGGUGGGCAGGUGUUUGAGGGGAAUCUCCAUGUGGUGAAUAAUGUCUCUAGACACAUAGGAGCGUUGUACUGCAUGGCCAUCAAUGAGGAAGGGCACGUCAAGUCCAAACCUGUGCAGCUCAAUGUGUUAUAUGCCCCUGAAAUUAAGAAUGAAUCUGCAUGCUCCUUGGAGGACAACUUGAUCCAGUGUAAUUGCAUGGUGGACUCCAAUCCUGCCAGCAUAGUCUUUUUCAGUCUGGGUAACAAACUUCUGCAAGCCACCAGAGGAAAGGAAGCAAGGAACUUCUUCAUUCAGGCCCCGGUGGCUGAGUUUGCAUCCUCUGAAUCUGUGAGCUGUUGGGCAAAUAACACUCAGGGCAGUGCAACCCUCUCCCUGUCUGUACCUUCUGACGGCAAGAUGAUGGUCAUUUUGAUCGUCACUGGAGCAGCUGGGAUUGUGGUGAUACUUUUAGUAAUUGUGGGAGUUGUUAUAAAAUGCAGGUGUAGUUCUGCAGACAACAGCCUCACUACAGGCCUCAGAGAUCCAGCCCUGGAGCUCCCGAAGUGUUACAUCACUAAAAGUUUUGAUCAAGAGUCAACUCACUCAGCGAUUUACGCCAAUGUUUCAUCAGCUAUGCACAAGGAGAAUGAUGAGGAUGAAGCAAUUUAUGCAAACACAUGACCAGAGGAAGAAGAGUCAUUCAACAGUUUCCAGUGCAGAUCAAGACAGCUUCAAAUAUUGUAUACACAAAAAGGAAAAUAUUAUUUUUAACCUCUGAUGUGUUGGCUUCAGCAUAAGAUGCUUCCCUGUCAUUAAUAACCUUUUACCGUUGCAUUAUGUAUCAAACAGUGUAUUAUAAAUGGUGAUCAAUAAAUUCUUGUAAAACUGA